AUGGAUACCUCGUGGAGUAAUUUCCUCUUUCAGGUAAGUCUUAAUUGUUGCUUGGGCUGUGGUAUCAGGUUUUUAAGGAGGAGGAAAGACUGAGGCGUGUGUGUGUGUGUGUGUGUGUGUGUGUGUGUGUGUGUGUGUGGCGCGGGGGGGGGGGGGGGGGGGGUAUGGGUUGGCAUAUCUUCAUGGGGCUAGAUAGGGAUGGAGGGGGUUCAAAAAUUGGAGAAGGUCAGGGAGGGGUCAGGGUAGACUUUCUCCGAUCAAAACUUCUUCAGUUGAAAGCCUUCUGUAUCAUCUAAAGUCAUACCCCCAUGUCUAACCUUAUAACCAUUGGCACCCAUUGGUUUGUGUUUUGAGUACUGAAUUGGAGCCUGAGAGGUCCUGUGAGGAGUUAAGAACUGUAUGAAACCAUAGACUGUAUAUAGAAUGGACGCCGUCUGCCUCCUUGCUGGGUGAAGCCACUCUGAGAACAGCACCCUCUGUUGAUGGGCUGCAGUAUAGGUCAUAAACCCCGCCUACGCCAGCAAAGCUUAUGGGGCUGUGAACAAAUUUUAAAAAUUUAUUACACAGAACAUGAAUUUUUCUCCCCCCUGGUUAUGAUGUUGACAUGUCGUAUUGUAAGACUGGUUUGUGCUCAAGUCCUCUUUUUUCUGUGCAGCUCCGUUUUUAAAAGUUAUUAGGGGGGUCAUGUUUUCUAUGAUUGACACUUGAUACAGCCUAUGGGCGUUCAGGGAUUGCGUAGCUCUCCCGGGGGAUAUGCUGUUUUAGCCGAGCGUCCUCCCAGCGACUCUCGGCGACUGCGUGGCCAAAUGCGCGCAUCGCUAUACAGUCUAUAUAUGAAACAGACUGAUAUUGACAGUGAUGGCUCUACAUGGCAUCAAAAUACAAACAAAACCAUCAAUAACAACACUGAGACUGCAAACAGUGUCGAUUUUAAUGUCUGUAACCACUGUUAGGGGGUAGGUAUCACACUAGACAAUUGACAGCCCACUAGAACAACAAACAAAAAAAAAAACUUUUUCCAAGGAUAAUACUUAAGGAGUGCAAUGAACUGCAAGGUUAGGGGAAAGUAGGAUAAAAUUACCAUCAAAUGACACUUUCUUCAUGCGCAUGAUAAGAUUAGCAUGAAGGUGUGGUAUCACUUUGUCCACAGCGAGGCAACAGAAACAGGGACUUCCUCACAAAAGUUUUAAGUCUGGACUUUUGUGACUGUCUUGCUCGUUUUAAAAAAGAAAUAACCAUAGUUUGACAAAAAGUCACAAGUGCAACAACUUUUCUUAUAUAAACAUUGAUGACCUAAGUUUUACCCUUUUGUAUCAUCUGUUUUCCUGCAGAUAGACUCUAAUUAACAAUAUAUUCUUUAUGCUAAAUUAAAGAAGACUUAAAUCAAGAGUUAAAGAAUAUAAACACUCAGGAAAGCUUUCCAGGUUUGGGAAUCCAGAGAGAAAUACCUCCCAUACAAUCAAAGCAGCAAUUUGAAUGGCAUUAAUUCAUCUUACUGAUCAACAGCAUGGGACCUAUUAGCAUACUGAAAGUUCCUUUGAUAUAGAGUGUAAUUUCAACAGGGAUAUUGUCACUGGUUGAUAACGGUUCUGUUCUGUUCUAUUGUAUUUAGAAUUAAGAUCAAAACAUUGGAAUGACCAAGGCCUGUCUUAAAGAAAGAGCCUCUUUAAAAGACUUGAUCAGAUACUCUUAAGAUUUAUCAGUAUGUUGUGCUCAUGUGAGGCAUAGUUCACUGAAAAAAAAACCUGUUUGUUUUUAUAGCUGUGGUUCAUUAAAAAUUAAGUAAAAAAUUGCAGUGUAACUAUUUUUGGACAACUGAAGUAUAUGAGGCUUUUAGACUAGGAUGGUUACCGUCUUACCUGCAGACUGGCUUGAAGGAGGUCCAACUUAAUUAUAAAAAUGACAAAAUUCAUAAACUUUAUGCAGAUAUCACUUUUCAAAACAAAACUUUACAAAAUAAAAGGUCAAAUUGAGCAAGACUGUAGUACAAUAUUUAAACACUUAAACAAAAUAAUGAUUAAGAAACAAAAGAGAUAUGAAAAUGGAUAGAUGGAUAAAAGGUAUAAGAGAUAGAUUAAUGGCAGAAGAAACAAAGACACUUUGUAAAACAAAAACAUCACAAAAACCACAGACCAGCAUAAAACAAGUUAAAAAAAAAGACUAUACAUACAGUAAAUGUACAUAAAACACCAAAAUAUAUACAUACACAUACAGAUAUACAUAUAUUUAAACAAUAGAAGAUAAAAAUACAGGAUGUUGUCAGUAGCAGUGCCUGGACUUGGAGUAUAAGCUGUGUCUAAUAGUGACUCAACAGAAAUGGAUUUGCUCACUGUACUGAGAGAAAAGUAGAAAAUAAGUACAUUGGAGAGGGUGAAGGCUUUGUACAUUUAACUUUUUUGUUUGAGGAAGAAUCAGAUCACUUCAGUGCUGUCUAUCAACACCAAAUGGAUUAAGGAGCGUGUUCAGCUUGCCAGACUGAGUGCUGUAGAAUUAAUAAGAAAAAUGUUCUUGUUUAUAGACGCCGUCGACUCAGAGCCAGCCAGAGACGCCUCUUCAGUCCGAGCUGCUGCCUGAGCUGACUAGCGCUGCUCAGAGUCCUCCUGCAGAGCACAUAGUGACACCGCCAUCCACAGUAGACACCGCUGCCCUGAGUGAGGAGCCUCUACCUGGUGGGUGGGGGGAAUCCUCAUCUGUUGUAGAGCAAGGUGACAUGUUAAUUAGAGCUGCAUUCUCAUGGCAUUUUGCCCUGAUUGGAUCCAUACAGACAAAAAAUGUGAAGAAAGCGUAAUUUUUGAACUCACACAAAGCACAGUUGAUAUACAAACUAACCUUAUAAUAGAAUUAAUAGAUAAGAUGGUAUCAUGAAGCCCAGAAAUAGUAAUACAUUUGGUAACACUUAAUUUGAAAUGUUACACAUAAGACUGACAUUAUACAUUUUAAUGUCUUUGAAGAGCCACCCUUGUCGUGUCUCCCUGCCACAGGUACAGCUCAUUCAAUGGAAAACACAAUACUGAAAGGGUUGUUUUUUCAAGGUUAAGCUGGAGUAAUUGAAUUUCCCGUCCGGGGAUUAAUAGAGUUCUUCUUAUUCGUAUUCUUAUGAUAAAUGAAGUACUUUAAUAUAGCCCGACAUCAGUUUGCAGAUAACGAUUGUACAAAUGAGGCCUAUAACAGACACUUCAGCCUUAAUGCAGAUGUUUUUGUCAACAUGGUGUGAGGUUGUAAGUGUUUAAAACUGAAAUCCUCCUUGUCUAAUUUUAUUACAGCAACAAAAUUGCAUUUAAUAAGUGUGCAAUGCUGUAAUUAUUGAAUACAGCUUGACUGAAAUUGAAAGAAAAAGAAUGUUCCGUAUUUUUUCUUAGUCAAACCGCUCACUAAGCCAAGCCGGCCAGCCCACAUCUGCGCCACCUGCAACAAGGAGUUCAAAAACAGCUACAACCUGCGGCGGCACCAAUCAGUGCAUACGGGCAUCAAGAUGAAAGACCGAGCUGCUCGAGAGAAGGAGGAAGGAGGGAAGGUGACACGGGUGGAAAAGCAGACCAUCCCUCUAUCCCUCCUCCAACUCACCCUGCCCCCUCAGCCUACCUCUCUCCCUCCACCUCCCCCCACCACUAUUGCCCCGGACGCCCUCCCCCAACCCGGUCAGCAUGCCAACCAAGAGAGCCAGCCAGUCUCUGUGUCCAUUGCCCCGGCAACUGUAACCAUGGCUGCACCGCCUCAACCCAUUCAGGCAGCUGUUGUUGUCGUUGGCUCCAUGGAGCAGGUAGGUGCAUGAAGAAUGAUGUUUAUGCUGUCAGUUUAGAUUUACUUUAAAGGGUAAAGCUGGAGUUUUUAUCCCUCUGUACCCAUUGGAAACUUCUUCAAUUAUUUGAAAGGGCCUUGACCUAAGGAUGCUGAUUUGAUUUUGGUGGUCAAAGGUCACUGUUAACUCUGAAAAGAUUCCUUCUAGCCUUAACUAAUCCAUCCUUCAACUUUUUAUUUUCUUAUGAAUGAUCAUCAUAAAUGGAAAUACACACAUUUAUUUAGACUUGAAGGAACCAACACAAACAUAGGAUGAACAAUAAUGAGUGACAAGGAUUAUCAGCAGGUUUGAGAAAUUGGCAACAAAUACUUGGCCAAGUACUAGAAGUUUAGACCGCUGUUAUUCUCUUCAGAACCAUAAGAACCAAUCCAUUUAUUUGCUCAGUCAUGGAAAUCUUCUUUUCAUCUCUUAGCCGACAGCUGUGUAGAGACACAUCAUCUCUGUCUUGCUGCUCCUCAGAACCCAAAUCCCAACCCCAGUCCCACCUCCAACCAGGUGAGGAAGAACCAUGCCUGUGAGGCCUGUGGUAAGGCCUUCAGGGAUGUCUACCACCUCAACCGUCAUCGUCUGUCCCACUCAGAUGAGAAGCCAUACUCCUGCCCUAUCUGUCAGCAGCGCUUCAAGAGGAAAGACAGGAUGAGCUAUCACGUUCGCUCGCACCAAGGUGGCGUGGAGAAACCUUACAUCUGUCCUCACUGCGCCAAGGCCUUUUCCAGGUAUGCAGUCAGAUACAUGACAGGCUUGAACAUUUGUUCAUGAGUCUUUACCAUGCUGCUUUAAAAAGAAUUCUUGUAUCUUCAAACCCUGGGCCUUGUAUUUGAUACAUCUGGAUCAAAAUGAGCGAUAGAUCACACAAAGUAUCAAAGGAAGCCAGGGGUAGACCAACAAUUUCUACAUGAGAGGCAAAAUGACUGUUUUUAUUAAUAAAGUCUGGUAGCUUUAAAGAGAGAAAGAGAUUUAAUAUCUGUUCUUCUUUGGUUUGUUUAAAAAAUAAUUUCCAAUAUUUAUGUGCUUUAAUGCCAGGGUCCACCCUGUAAAGUUGUCAUGCACGUAGAAUAACAGUCUGAGGAGUCAGUAGCGAACAGCAAGCCCUUCUUUGACCAGAUACAUUUGUUACUGACAGCCACAAUAACCCAUGUUCCUAUAUCAGAGUUUGAGCUCAGAUUAUGCAAAAAUAUGGAUAAGGCUUUAACUACAGUUAUCACCCUAAAAGUCAAUACUAAUGGGUAAGUGCAGAGAUGAGAGGUUUUCUUUGUACGGUGUUUGUAUUUUUUUUUUCUUUUUCAGACCAGACCACCUAAACAGCCACGUACGACAGGUGCACUCCACAGAGAGACCAUUCAAGUGCACGGUAAUAUCUUACUCUGUUUACUGAAGCUCAUGCUACAUAGCUUUUUCAAUUGUAUUGACCAUGAAACACUUGAUUAAAUGAAUGAUGCUGAUCAUGUUGAUAGAGAAAGAGCAUAGGUAAAGUAUCCUAAAGCUAAGUAAGUCUGCAUUACAACACCAAGCCUCAGCUUAUGCUGCAUUAAAUCCCUUUUUUCUUAACAAUAAGAAGAACAGAUAGGCAAAAAGUCAACAAACAUUCAAUUUAACUUAGAAUAAUCAAAAAACAUAAAGUAAGCCAAAGUAAUCCAAAUGUAACACCAGCUGCCCUAUCUUGAUAUAAAGCUGUAAAGAAAUUUACAAAGAAAAACAACCUGAAUUUAUGCUUUUCCCCCCAAGUUUUGGCAAAAACAUGUGAAAUGGACGUAUGUAUGUAAAUGUAAAAACAAGAUGAAACUAUCGGAAGCAAACUAAAUUGUACACACCCAAACAAACAUGUAUGUAAUAACUUACUCAGCAGUCACAACCAUAGACUGUAUAUAAGAUGGACACCGUGGUUCCGCCUUCCGCCUGUAUACGGAUUUGAAGCCAAAAAGCUCUCGGUAAUUCCGGGUUUUUCUCCACUUCCUUGAAACCAGAGCUGUGCAGUAGCGUUGUGCGCAUUCGGCCGCGCAGUCGCCGAGAGUCCCUGUGAUGACGCUCAGCUCAAACAGCGUAUUCCCCCGGAAGAGCUACGCAAUCCCUGAACGCCCAUAGGCUGUACCAGGUGUCAAUCAUAGAAAACAUGAACCCCCUAAUAACUUUUAAAAACGGAGCUGUACAGAAAAAAAAGGACUUGGGCACAAACCAGUCUUACUGUAACUAUAUGUCAACAUCACAACCAGGGGGGAGAAAAAAUUAUGUUCUGUGUAAUAAAUUUCUAAAGUUUGUCCACAGUCCCAUAAGCUUUGCUGGCGGAGGCGGGAUUUAUGACCUGUACUGCAGCCCACCAUCAGAGGGUGCUGUUCUCGGAGUGGCUUCACCCAGCGUGGAGGCAGACUCUAGCUGCGUCCGAAUUGCCAAGUAGUAGUCGAAGUAGUAGUCGAAGUAGUAUCUAGCAUGUCCGAAUUGGCCACCGGAGCGAGUAGCAUGCUACUUCAGAUACUACUUCAGAUACUAGACACGCCCACAUUGUAGGUUGGUCUCGGUGCAUCCUACGGGCAUGCUACUGACCCAAAAUGCACCGCGGGCUUCUUCUUCGUCCUCUUAAAAGUUGUAGAAGCGCAUGUGAUGCUAGCGCCACCAGCUGCUCUGCCUAUUUAAAUGUGUCGCGAACGCCGGCUGGCCACAGCGGCGCGCACCAUGUCGGAGCAGCAGCAGGCGGGACCGCAGUAGUACAGAUGUAAGUUUCAUGUAACUUCACACACUGUCCUAAAAAAUGUGCGGUUGUAUCUCUUUGUCAUGUCAUGGUGUCAUAUUUGCCCAAGUAAUCAUUUUAUGAGCAAAUACGUGGCGACAUCAUGGAGGUAAAGCUCACUUAUUCCAUCAUUAAACUGCACAGCUGCAGUACUACAGCCAGGCCCGCAGAUGAGGGGCUUCAGUUACCACUGUCUGCACGGGCGCAGUACCUACUCUAUGCCUGCGGGGGUCGUCUUUCCCCACCGCUCGUCUAGUGUGUCCGAAUUGGGCCAACGUGUUUAGGAUGUAGGAGUAGGAUCUAGCAGUAGUAUAUAGCAGUAGCAUGUAGUAUCCGAGUGGGCAGUUCGGACGCAGCAUCUGUCCAUCUUAUAUACAGUCUAUGGUCACAACACACUUCUGUUCUCUCUAGUUUUGCUGUUUUCUAUAGAUGUUUGCACUCUCCUGUAUUCAUUUGAUGCUCUUUACUUAUUGACAAAACAUUUGCUCAAUUUUGUAAUAACCUGGUGCAUAACAAUAAGUAUUCUGAGACCAACGACUAGAGAUUGAAGAUUUUUAAGAUUUUAUUCUUUUUAUCUGAGAUCACAGGACAAAUCAUUAAUGCUUUGAAGCAAUGCUGUAGUUCAGACACUUUUGCAAUUAAAUUAACAAUAAAAAAGUAAGCUUUGUUUUAUUCCAUACAUUUCCAUUCUGGUGGUAGUUUUUUGUUUCUCUCCACUCUUCCAUCUCAAGCAUCUUCAUCUUCCUCUCUUUUGCAUAGACCUGCACAUCUGCAUUUGCCACCCGAGAUCGUCUCCGCGCCCACUUAAUUCGUCACGAGGAGAAGGUGCCAUGUCAUAUCUGUGGGAAGCUGCUGUCUGCCGCAUACAUCACCGACCACAUGAGGGUCCACAACCAGUCGCAGCACCACCAAUGCCACCUCUGCAACCGCAGUAAGACACAGGAUAGACAGGUUUAUAGAUGGAUGCGAAUAACAAAUUUCAACCUUGGAAACUGAGGAUAAAUAAUUAUGGGGAAAUAAGUAUAUGAUUACACAGCUUCUGUGCUUUGUAAAUUUUAAAUAUAUAUGCAUUGUAAAGAACAUCAUUUCUUUACCAGAAUAAGCUAAACAAGGCUACAGAAAACAUUUAAAAAUAUUUGUGAUUUUUUCCCAGGUUUUACCACCCUCACGUACCUGCGUGUUCACGCCCAGAAGCACCAUGGCCAAGAGUGGAAGGAGAGCGGAGGGGCAAGGGGGGGCUUUGGUGGGACAGGGGCAGGUGGUGUGCUGCUCUGCCAGCUUUGUGGGGUGCAGUGCAAGACAGCCACUCAGCUCCAAGGUCACAUGGGAACCCAUGCCAACCAGGGUGACCCUAACCCUGACCCAACAAGCUCAGGUCCCGUGGGCACCACCAGUGUGGCUGUCACUGUGUCCAGUGCAAGCACAGUGGGACUGCUGGUAACUGACUGCUCCAGUAUCACCCCCCAGCCCCACAGCUAG